CUCCGUCCGUCCUUCCCCCUCUCCAUCCCCGCCCGCUUUGUUUUUCUCGCCGUCCGCGGGCUCGGGCCCCCCACGCCGCUGCCACCCUGAAGUUUCUGGCGGUGCUGCUGGCGGCGGGCAUGCUGGCUUUCCUGGGGGCCAUCAUCUGCAUCAUCGCCAGCGUCCACCCGGCCGGCACCGCCGCGCCCGCCGCCGCCGCUGACAAUGACUCGGCCGCCGCCGCCCUCCUGCCCGCCGCCGACAAGGGUCUGGGAGCGCUGCACGGCCCCGCCGAGGCUCUGGCCAGCGCCGGGCCGCGCCUGCCGGGGGGGCCGCCGCUCUUCAGCCGCUUCGUCUGCACCCCGCUGAGCACCGAGUGCCCCGCCACCGGCACCGGCCCCGCCGCCGGCCCCGAGGAGCUGCUGGCGCUGCGGAGCGCGGCGGCCCAGCUGCGCCGCACGGCGCUGGAGCAGAAGGAGCGAAUCCGCAUGGACCAGGAGACCAUCCGGGAGCUCACCGGCAAGCUCAGCCGCUGCGAGGGCGGCCUGCGGAGCCCCCUCGCCGCCGCCGCGCCCCCCGCCGCCGCCGGGCUCCGCGCCGCCCCGCGCCCCGGCACCAUGGGCCACCCCCCCGACGAGCCGCCCGCCGUGCGGGAGCUGGAGGAGGCUGUCCGCACCCUCCAGGACCGCAUCGACAGGAUAGAGCAGGAGCUGCCAGCCCGCGCCAAUGGCUCAGCACCCACUGCCCCGGCAUUUGCUCGCGAUGCCCUCCACACCAAGAUGGAGCAGCUGGAGGAACAGCUCCUCUCCAAGAUCCUGACCCUGCAGAAGGAGCGCCAGGCUGCAAGCACUGACCACAGCCAGCAGCAGCACAACAUUGAGAAGGAGCUGAACUCCCUCCAGAACCGGGUGACGGAGCUGGAGCAUGGACCGCUGGGUUACAGCCCUCCUGAUGCCUUCAAGGUGACCAUCCCGGUGCAGAACAACUACAUGUAUGCCCGCAUGAAGAAGAGCUUGCCGGAGCUCUACGCCUUCACCAUCUGCAUGUGGCUGAAGUCCAAGGCCCUGGCAGGGCUCGGCACCCCUUUCUCCUACUCUGUCCCAAGCCAAGCCAAUGAGAUUGUGCUGUUGGAGUGGGGCACUAACCCCCUGGAGCUGCUCAUCAAUGACAAGGUUGCCCAGCUGCCGCUGAGCCUGAAGGACAAGGCCUGGCACCACAUCUGCGUGGCGUGGACCACCCGGGACGGCAAGUGGUCAGCAUACCAGGAUGGUGAACAGCGGGGCACUGGUGAGAACCUGGCCUCCUGGCAUGCCAUCAAGCCCCAGGGCGUCAUCAUCCUGGGCCAGGAGCAGGACACUCUGGGGGGCCGCUUUGAUGCCACGCAGGCUUUCGUGGGGGAGCUGGCGCAGUUCAGCGUGUGGGACCACAUGCUGGCACCAGCGGAGAUCCUGGGUUUGGCCAACUGCACCUCUCACCUCCAAGGGAAUGUGAUUCAGUGGGACGACCAGGCGGUGGAGGUCUUUGGAGGUGCCAGCAAGGCAGGCUUUGCUGCGUGUGAGGAAGGGAGGAAGGCAUGAGUGGCGCCGAGCCCUCUCCCCAGCACCAAGGAACCCAAUGGCAGCCCCAAAGCAGGGAGCCCCUUUCUCCCCUCCCAGACCAGUAAGCCUUGCCAGGGCGAUGCUUGAGCCCUGGCACUGGUGUCCCAGGAGGGAGAGGGGACCCUGGAAGCCUCCCUGUUGCCCCUGUGCUGGUGGUGUGGCUUGUCCCCACCCCUGGCACAAGUCUGCUCCUGGGUCUCAUCUUGCCCUACUUCUGUUUUGAGUGGACCUUGCUGUACCUGCAGGUGUCCCUGGUACAGCGAGGGUCCUCACCUUGUCAGCCCCAACAGGGAAUGGGAAGGAGAACUCUGUCUAUCCCAAGUGCAGUCCAGCCGCAGUGGGAUGCCAGGGUGCAGGCACCCCCUGAAUACAUCCCCUUUCCUUAUUUAUUUCUAGCAACCCCACUGUCUGGUUUUACGAGCCCGCAUUCUAGGAUCUCCCCUCCAGUUCCAUCCCCUCUUCUGCUGCCCUGGUUUUUCAAGCAUCACCCCAGGGAAGCCAAGGGAGAAUGGCAGGGAACCAGUGGGGCAGUACUCACCAUUCUGUACCCCUUUCCCUGCCUCUGCUGCCUGUUCGGGCAGGGCUGCCUGAGGAGAGCCAGGCUUUUGAGGCAGUUGGAAAAGAGCACUCCCCACUCUCUUCCAGUUGGGUGGUUGGUCGGCCACCAAGGGAAUGGGGGAAAUGGGGCAAAGCAUGUCCUCCAGCGCUGGCCGAGGGGGAAGGAGUGCAGCACUGCCAUCAAAGGGAGUGAAAGCAAGGAAAAAGGAGAUGGAGAGAUGGAGGAUGGUGGUGGUCAGAGGAGCCCUGCCACCCAUCCCCCAGUCUUUUGGUUACCGGAUCAGGUUGCUGCCCUUGGUUCCACCCAGGUCCCCUCCUUUAGCUGCUCCUGGCCAGGAACAGGGCUGCCACUGGCCUUGGAACUGGGAGGGUGAUGGGGUGGGCUGGUGUUUCCCCUGUGGAGUGCCUGAGAAUACUGUUUCCAUGCAGCGUGGUCGCCAACAUUUCAAUAUGUGCGUGUAUGUAUGUGCACGUGUGUGUGUCUGGGGUGGGGUGGGAGGGUUAUUUCAGGGCUCUCAUGGUUGCUCAGUGCAGUGUCCAGCUUCCAGUGCUCCCCCUUACCCCAAGUCCCACUUUGUACUUUGGGCGACAGCCGCCCCCACCCCUGGGGGAGGCGAAGCUGGCAGGAGGGACAGCCCUGCCACCCAGCAUCCCCCCCACGCAGGGUCUCUGCCAGCGCUGGGGUGGCUCAGCCUGCUGGGGAGGACGUGGCAGGGAUGGGGUGCAGCCUUUGUGCCAAGUGGGAACACUGUGACCUUUGUGCACCCUGACGAGCUGCCCCUCUUCCUCGCUCGCUUGCGCGCUUUCUCUAAUGCACGUUCGUGACAGGGGCCCCUGACGCGCACCUGUGGUGGGACAUUUCUUUUGUAAAGCUGAUCGUGAACAAAUAAACGUGAUGUUUUCUGUUCGAGCCUC